CCCUCCCUCCUUUGGUUAGUCCUUCGCCUUUCAAGUGCUGGGUCCUUUUUGUCCCCUGCUGCGUGCGGUGUCAGCUUCCGAGCGGAAGUGGUGGUAGACCGAGAGAAGAAGAUGGCGGCCCCUGCAGUAGCGCCGCCUGGUGCGGCGACGAGUCGGGCUGGCAAAAGAAGCGGCAGCGGACCGGGAGGCGGGGGCGGCGGCGGAGGAGCCAGGGGGGCGGAAGAGGAGCCGCCACCGCCCCUCCAAGCGGUGCUGGUGGCCGAUAGCUUCAACCGCCGCUUCUUCCCCAUCUCCAAGGACCAACCUCGGGUCCUCUUGCCCCUAGCCAAUGUGGCACUAAUUGACUACACUCUGGAAUUUCUGACUGCCACGGGUGUACAGGAAACCUUUGUCUUUUGUUGCUGGAAGGCUGCUCAAAUCAAAGAACAUUUACAGAAGUCCAAAUGGUGCCGUCCUACAUCCCUCAAUGUGGUUCGAAUAAUCACAUCAGAACUGUAUCGAUCACUGGGGGAUGUCCUUCGUGAUGUUGAUGCCAAGGCCUUGGUGCGCUCUGACUUCCUUCUGGUGUAUGGGGACGUCAUUUCAAACAUCAAUAUAACCAGAGCCCUGGAGGAACACAGGUUGAGGCGGAAGCUAGAAAAAAAUGUAUCUGUGAUGACAAUGAUCUUCAAGGAGUCAUCCCCCAGCCACCCAACUCGUUGCCAUGAGGACAAUGUGGUAGUGGCUGUAGAUAGUGCCACAAACCGGGUUCUCCAUUUCCAAAAGACCCAAGGCCUUCGACGCUUUUCUUUUCCUCUGAGCUUGUUCCAGGGCAGUGGAGAUGGAGUGGAGAUUCGGUAUGAUUUACUGGAUUGUCAUAUCAGCAUCUGUUCUCCUCAGGUGGCUCAGCUCUUUACAGACAACUUUGACUACCAGACUCGAGAUGACUUUGUGAGAGGCCUAUUAGUGAAUGAGGAGAUCCUAGGGAACCAGAUCCAUAUGCAUGUAACAACUAAGGAAUAUGGUGCCCGAGUCUCCAACCUACACAUGUAUGCCGCUGUCUGUGCUGAUGUCAUCCGCCGAUGGGUCUACCCUCUCACACCAGAGGCAAACUUCACUGACCACACAAACCAGAGCUGCACUCAUUCCCGGCAUAACAUCUACCGAGGGCCUGAGGUCAGCCUAGGCCAUGGCAGCAUCCUGGAGGAAAAUGUGCUCCUGGGCUCUGGCACUGUCAUUGGCAGUAAUUGCUCCAUCACCAACAGCGUCAUUGGCCCUGACUGCCGCAUUGGUGAUAACGUGGUGCUGAACCAGGCCUACCUGUGGCAGGGGGUCCGAGUGGCUACUGGAGCACAGAUUCAUCAGUCUCUGCUCUGUGACAAUGCUGAGGUCAAGGAAAGAGUUACACUGAAUCCACGCUGUGUCCUCACUUCCCAGGUGAUAGUGGGCCCAAACAUCACGCUGCCUGAGGGUUCGGUGAUCUCUUUGCACCCUCCAGAUGCAGAGGAAGAUGAGGAUGAUGGCGAGUUCAGUGACGAUUCAGGGGCUGACCAAGAAAAGGAGAAAGUGAAGCUGAAAGGUUACAAUCCAGCAGAAGUAGGAGUUGCAGGCAAGGGCUACCUCUGGAAAGCUGCAGACAUGAGCAUGGAAGAAGAGGAGGAACUACGGCAGAAUCUAUGGGGGCUCAAAAUCAACAUGGAAGAAGAGAGUGAAACUGAAAGUGAACGAAGUAUGGAUUCUGAGGAGCUAGACAGCCGAGCAGGCUCCCCCCAAAUGGAUGACAUCAAAGUAUUCCAGAAUGAAGUCCUAGGAACACUACAGCGGGGCAAGGAGGAGAAUAUUUCUUGUGACAAUCUGGUUCUAGAGAUCAACUCUCUCAAGUACGCCUACAACAUAAGCCUAAAGGAAGUGAUGCAGGUACUGAGCCACGUGGUCCUGGAGUUCCCCCUGCAACAAGUGGAUUCCCCAGUCGACCCAAGCCGCUACUGUGCCCUGCUGCUUCCUCUGCUCAAGGCCUGGAGCCCUGUUUUUAGGAACUACAUAAAGCGUGCAGCUGACCAUUUGGAAGCAUUGGCAGCCAUUGAGGACUUCUUCCUGGAACAUGAAGCUCUUGGUACUUCCAUGGGCAAGGUGCUGAUGGCUUUCUACCAGCUGGACAUCUUGGCUGAGGAAACAAUCCUGAAUUGGUUCAACCAAAGGGAUACAAAUGACAAGGGCCGGCAGUUGCGCAGGAGCCAACAGCUGCAGAGGUUCAUCCAGUGGCUAAAAGAGGCAGAAGAAGAGUCAUCUGAAGAUGACUGAAGUUGGACUGCCUGCUCUAUGAACUGACUGCCCUCUGGGCUCCUGAGCCAGGGCAAGUGAGGGGCUAAUUCAGAAGGAUGAGUAACCACCACCCAGGCUGAGACUUAAAAGAGCAGAGGCUGAAACUACAGUAUUCUUCCCACCGCCAGCAACUUUGUGCCUCCCAUCCUGACCAGGAAGUUGGGAUGAAGGAAGCUGGACUGAAGUAAAGCUUCAGCCUUUGGAGAAGCUGGGCAGGCCCUACAGUUAGAGGAAGGCCAGAGGAACAGCUUUGUGCUCUGGUUUUCCCUCAGGGAACAGCAGAAAGCAACUGGUCCUAUCUGCUGCUUGUAUUUGUUAAUAUUAAAAAAAAAAAAAAAGGAGAGUUGUAUUUGGUUUCUCCAACUUUUGACCGAUCAGUGGUUCAAGUAGGUGACCAAAGAGUUCUGAACCUUUGACUGCAAAGGUUCCUUUCCCCAGCUCCUGGGAGAGGGGAGCAGAGGGGUGUCUAUGGCCACUAGGUGGCACCUUGCUAAUUGGCUGUUGGCAUGGCUUUUGGGUUGUUGGAGGCCUGCAUUCUCUUCUUCAGCUUCUAUGGACCAAUUUGUGGUAUUAAGUGGUAUUCCUAAGCCUAUUUCCAUAGAGAUUUCUAAAGGUCAUGAUGACAAGCAUAUGUAAAGCCCAGUAGCCACCUCCCAAGUCCCUCACAUGCCUAUCAGGGAAGCCAGACCACGCUUCAUCUUAAAGAUAAGGAAAUUUGUUCAAGAUCUCAUGGCUCUUGAAGGGCAAAUUAACUUGAGCCUCAAUCCAGAAUUUUUUCCAUUCCAGCAUAUUCAGUAUCUCAACAAGAAGAAUUGACCCAAGGCAACUACAACCUGAAGUCAGUGAUAACUAUCCUAAAAACUCAGGUAGAGCCUGUGAAAUGGGCUUUCCCCUAAUAUUGAGAGGCAUUUUGCUAAGUAUUUUCCAUGUUUCAUUAUUUAACCUCCUAUCAGCCCUAUGAAGUAGGUUUUAUCCCAUUUCAGAUGAUGAAGUUCAGAGAGGUCCCAUAACUAAUUAUUAGAGCUAGGAUUGUUGUUGGACUCUUGCUGGAGUUUGUCAUUUUGCUGUUUUGUCAUCUUUAACCUCAAAUGUAAGACAUCCUUUCUGUCUCAUCUUUUUGAGCUCUUUGUUGCCUUUCUAUAACUUACUCUGUUGACACUGAAAUGGUGGCAAAUGUCACUGUGGUAACAAGUGACCCUCCUGAACAUCACAGAUAAAAUUAUUUUCUUCACUUCAAUUGCGUGGAAAGUAAUCUGAGGAACAGGACACUACUCAGGUGUGAAGGCAUUACUGAGUAUUUCUUUUUCCCUCUUAUUGCUGGAUAUUUCUGAAGAGGGAAAAUCAAGCUGGCCAAAGUUUGGCUUGAUUCACGUUUCACAUUCAGUAAAUCUCCAUUUCUGCUUUGUCAGAUACAGGAUCUAGUGCUAGAGGUCCAUGCUAAGGUUAUGGCAUGGACUGAAAGGGAGUAGUUAAACACAAAUAUAAGUUAUCCAAAAAAAAAACCAAACAUAUAGGUUAUCUUUUAUCUAAUGGGUGGCAGAGAUCAGAGGUGACCUAUAAGAAUUUCUAGGAGGAAGCAAUUUCUUGUAUUGGAGUGAUAUGGAAAGCUUACAUGAUUGUGAUACUUGCAUAGCCUGAAAAAAACAGGAAAAGGUAGAAGAGAACAUCAAAAGCAAAGCAAAUGAUUUCCAUUUAAACAUGACAUAUUUGAGGGCCUCCUUGGUGGUGCAGGGGUUAAAAUUAGCGCUAUCAAGCUACUGCCAGCCUCUGUAGCACCCUAGGCCUGCCAGGGAGCUGACCCACGUGGCUUAGCAGACCUUCUGUCUCACCAGCUUCUCCCCUCAGCAGUGUAUUUCAGUACAUCUGCCUGUUCUGCUCCCCACUCUCUCUGGUGAGUCCUCGCUCUCACACACGCACACACCCACACCUCUGGCUUAUACCCCAGUUCUUGUAUGCAUAAAUAAAUCUUUAAAGAAAAUGACAUUUGAUAUGCGGACCUUUUGCUCCCAAAGGAAUUAUUUGAAAAAGGCAUAUAAUUCAGUGAUAAAACAUGAGGUGAUAACAAUGAGCGACAUCAACAUUUUGGCACUUCAGGAAAUGAGAAAUAAAUGAGUCAAAGUUGACUUAGCAGAAUAAGAUGGGUUCUACCUACUAAGGUGGUUAUUGCAAGAAGCAAGAGCGAAUGUGCUUCUGAACCCAGAAAAGACUCAGCAGAAGGGGUCAGGAUUAGGGCUGAGAACUGAGGGUGAGUUGAGGGGGUAUCAAACUAAGACCUGUAUAACUAAGCCCACCUCUGCCCUCAUGCCAUCCCUCCCCACCUCCAGGUCCCCACCUCUUCUGGCCCAGCUAAGUGAUUACUCCUCCCCUACAGGAAAUGGGAGAUUUAGUUUCUGAAGAAAUGGUGGGGGAGGAAAUUAUCAAAGAAAUACUUAUGGUUUCCUGAACCCAAAGUUAAGUGAGUUUCCAGAUUGACUGAGUGUCCCAUAAGUGCUCAGCAUAAUGAAUGAAAUAGCCCCAUGAAAUUUCAGAACCUCUAAAUAUAAACUGCUAGAGCUUCUGAACUCAACAGCAGGCAUGGUGGUGAUGACGGUGAGGUACUAAAUUGAACAUGAGGAAUUAAAUAAAAGUAAACGGUAGGUUGGGCCUCCCCAGUGGCACAACGGUUGAGCGCUGGGUUGCGAAGC